AUGAAAGUACAUCAAAUUAUGAAGUUUGAUGGUUGUAGUUCUUUGCCAUUAUUAAAUCCAUUGUGUAGGAGUUUAAGUUCAACUGAAGUAUCAACUGCACUUAGGCCUUUUUAUUUCUUUGUUCAUCCGGAUCUUUUUGGACAAUUUCCCGAAGAAAGAGCGAUAAAUGAAAAUUCUUUAAAACUACUUAGCUCUUAUCUUGAAACUCUUAUUCUGAAUUUGUUGGAAGGAGAUUGGCUUUCAAAAAAUUACAGUACAGCUCAAGAGCAAUUAAAAGCUCACGAACCAUUAAGAGAUGAAAUUAAAAAAUUAAAGUAUAGAUUGUGCAAUGAGCUUGAUUUGAAAAAAAUAAAAUGGGAUUGCGGUUGGAACAUAUCUCAUUUCAAAGGGUCUUUGCAAAGUUUGCUCAUUUUAUACGAACAUCAUCCGCAGGAACUUAAAUCUUUGUCUGGUAAAACAUUAAUUUUCGGUAACGAAACCGGAGUAAAUUUAGACGGUGACGUCAUGCUCAAUUGUGGAGAAGUUCGUAAUAAUUGGUUGGAUGUGAUAAAAAAUAUUCACCGUCAGGAUAAGGUUAUUUUAAAAUUACCACAGUUUGAAAAAGCUGUUUCGAGAGUAUUAAGAGAUAUUAAAGUAGUUCAUCGUAAAUUUCAACCCAAAGUCACGGCUGAAAAAUAUGAAAAUCAAUUGAGGAGACUCAUAACUUCGUUAAGUGAUUAUCAAGGUCGUAAUGGUUAUCCUAAACAUUGGCCAGAAAAAUUAAACAAGUUUGAAUUGGUUGUUGAAACGGAAGCAGGACCUUUAAUGGUGUCACCUACCGGACAAAUAAUCGUUCCUUCAUCCUGCCCUGCAUCGAUUUUGGUAAAUUUUAUAAGUGAAAAUUUAGAAGAAGCCAACAGAUUAUUAGACGAAUAUAAAAGCAAUAAAUACGUUGAAAAAGAUAUUCAUUCAAGAGUAGUUUUAGAAUUUCGUUUGUUGAGUUUGAGGAAAGAUGACAAUAUAACUCCUAAAUUAAUGAUCGAUUGUUGCAACAAUAUGUUAAAACAUAAAAAUAUUUUGAAGCCAUUAUUAAAUAAUUCUAGUCUAUUUAUCACGUCGUAUUUUUCCUUACUUUCGGAUGGACAAAUGUGCAUCCCAUGGAAUUGGAAAAUUUAA